AUGAACCCCUCUUAUGUUAAGCAAGUAGAGCCUAAAGAUGGAUUCAAGUCUUUAGAAGCAUUUUAUCCUUUUUAUUUGGGUGAACAUGGUAAUAAGAUCAAUCGAAGACUGCAUGUAUUAGGAACUUCGAUCACAAUGGUACUGACUUUGCUGGCUAUUCAACAAUCCAAGCCAACACUUGCAUUGGCUGGUAUAAUUCAAGCUUAUGCUUUUGCUUGGUUUGGUCAUUUUGUAUUUGAACAAAAGUAA